AUGGCAGGAAAGUUAACAGAUGACUUCUUAAAAGACCUCGAAGACCUUUCAGAUGAAGAACAGGUCCAAGGAGAUAUUGUACAGCAGGAGGUGGGAGCAGGCCAAGAGGAGGAUAAGAUACCAGAGAUUUCCAAGCUUAAAAAUGAUAAAGAGUACUCGGCAUUUUUAGAAGCUAUUGAAGAGGAUCUGAAUACUAUACAACCGGCUGAUAAGUUCAUCAAUUUGGAGAAAGCAGAUCCUAUAUAUGCGCUGAUAAAGAAAGCAAAUCAUUAUUUAAUGGAGAUCGAGAAUGAAAUCAAUAUCUGUUUUAAAGAGAUUCGAGAUAUUUAUCUGAACAGGUUCAGCGAGCUUGAAAGUAUCGUUUAUGACCCUAUACAGUAUACUAAGUGCGUCAAGGCUAUUGGUAAUGAGAAUGACUUCACUAAGGUCGAUUUUAAGGACAUUCUUCCAAACCAGACUAUUAUGAAUAUUACUGUAGCAGCCUCAGUGAAUCAAAGUACAGAUUUGCCAGAGAAAGUCCAUGAGAAAUUGAUGUAUUAUUGUGAUGAUAUUUUAACAUUAGACGAGCAGAAGAAAAGAAUUCUGCAUUACCUUGAGAAUAGAAUGCACUAUAUUGCUCCAAAUGUACUUGAAAUCCUAGGGUGCUCAGUUACAGCCAAGAUAAUCUCUGCUGCAGGAGGUAUUAAAGAGUUAUCAGAGAUUCCUGCAGGAAAUAUCCAAGUCCUUGGAGCACAAAAGAAGGUGACUCAAGGUUUCUCCACCCAAAAUCUUGGCUUGCACGUUGGUCAUAUUGGAGAAGUUCCAAUGGUCAAGAAAGCUCCAGCUAACUGGAGGAAGCAAAUUAUUAGAAUGUUUUCCACCAAGACUGUACUUGCAGCUAGAGUUGAUGCUGCUAAGAAACAUCUUUCUGGUCAGAAGGGAAAGGAGCUACUCCAACAGAUCAUACAAAGAUUCGGAAAGGUAACUGAGGCACAGAAAAUUUCCAUGAAAAAGCCUCUUCCUAAGCCAGUUGAGAAAAAGUCUAGAAAAAGAGGAGGAAGGAAAUUUGCAAACAUGAGAAAGAGACUUGAAAUGAGUGAAUACGCUAAAAUGAUUAACACAGUCAAGUUUGGAGAGGAAGCACAAGAAGAAAUCGGUCUUACUGGAAUAGGAAUGGGAAUGCUUGGUGUCUCGGGAACUGGAAAGUUAAGAGCAACAGCAAGUAAGAAUAAUAAAGUUAAAUUAAUGAAGAAGAAAACUGAGUUGAAUAAACCUGCUCUACCUUCUGGAUCUACUCAUGAUGGACUUCAAUCUUCAUUAGUCUUAGCUAGUAAUGCUGGAAUCGAGCUUAUUAAUCCUGAGCUUCUCAAAGAACAAGUGAAAGAGCAGCAAACUUACUUCAAUACCAAGGCAGGGUUCAGUACAGUUAUCCAAUCAAGAAUGAAUAAGAAUCAGUAG